UUCGAACCAAACUCAACGGGCACUAGGUGGUAUUGUGUGAUUGAUUCACUUAAUCGACCGCCCACAUUAACUUUAGCUAUUUUAGUUAAGAAAUUGAAGACUGAGACCAGCAGCCCAUUUGAUAGCCCAACAGAUCGGCAGCGCCCGAGCGUUCGCAGCUUAUCUACGCCUAUAUAUAAAUUUGGUAGCAGGAGGCAAAUGCAUAGAAAUUCCCCCGUCCCCUUCCAGCAUCAGCCACAAAGGAAAUUAAUUUAUAUAUUCGCCGACCCUCAAAUUUCCCAUCUGGAACCACCACUUCCACCGCCUGACACUGCCCGACUCCAAUUCCCUUUAAAUUAACCUGCAUGCCACUAUUGCCGCCGACAAAUUCACAGGCGAAAUGAUCACCUUGAGAGACCUUUACUCCGUCCUCACAGCCGUAGUGCCACUCUACGUCGCAAUGAUCCUCGCUUACGGCUCUGUCCGGUGGUGGCGUAUAUUUUCGCCGGAGCAGUGCUCCGGCAUCAACCGCUUUGUCGCCAUCUUCGCAGUUCCACUCCUCUCCUUUCACUUCAUCUCCACCAACGACCCCUACGCCAUGAACUUCCGAUUCGUCGCCGCCGAUACUCUUCAAAAGGUGAUCGUUCUCGCCGCACUCGCCGUUUGGGCUCGGCUCGCUAGUCGUGGCUGCCUCGAUUGGUCCAUCACCCUAUUCUCCCUCUCUACGCUCCCCAACACACUGGUCAUGGGAAUUCCUCUCCUCAUCGCUAUGUAUGGACCAUACUCUGGAUCACUCAUGGUCCAGAUUGUCGUUCUCCAGUGCAUCAUCUGGUAUACCAUCAUGCUUUUCCUGUUCGAGUACCGCGCCGCUCGGAUUCUUAUUGCCGACCAGUUCCCUGACACUGCAGCAUCGAUUGUCUCGUUCCGGGUGGACUCAGACGUCACCUCUCUCGACGGCGGACGGGAUUUGCUCCAGGCAGAAGCUGAGGUGGGAGGUGAUGGCAAGAUCCAUGUAACUGUGAGAAAAUCCACAUCGUCUAGGCGAUCCAUCUCGCUGAUGACGCCCCGGCCGUCGAAUCUCACGGGUGCGGAGAUCUAUUCGCUCAGCUCGUCGAGGAAUCCAACCCCAAGGGGAUCCAACUUCAACCACUCUGAUUUCUUCGCCAUGUGCGGUGGAGCACCGCAACCGCCGCUCCGGCACUCAAAUUUUGGCCCGGGAGAUCUCUGCUCUAUGCAAUCAUCCAGCGGACCGACUCCUCGGCAGUCCAACUUCGACGAACACCACCACCAUCAACAGGGUGGCUCGCCCAAAUUCGGGCAUUACCCGGCGCCGAACCCUGAAAUAGCAGCUGGAUCCUCCGCCGUCUCGAAGAAAUUGCCAGCUACGACAACUGCGCCAACACAUCGCGCGGCGAACCACGACGCAAAGGAGCUUCACAUGUUCGUGUGGAGCUCGAGCGCGUCUCCGAUGUCGGAGGUUAGUGGACUCCCUGUGUUUGGCGGAGCGGACUUCACUGCCGCGGAUGGCCGAUCGGAUCUCGGCGCGAAGGAGAUUCGCAUGAUCGUUCCAGCCGAUCUUCCAUCCAACGACGGGAACAAAGGAGCUGCGAUUCCGGGAGACGACGAGUUCUGCUUCGGUGGCGGGAGGAGCCUAGAAGAAGGCGACGCGGGGAAGGGGGAUGGGGGGCAGGACGGGCUGUCGAAGCUGGGAUCGAACUCGACAUUGGAGCUUCACCCAAAGGGUGUUGCCGGCGUCGGCCGAGGGAAGGAGUCGCGGAUGCCGCCGGCGAGCGUGAUGAGCCGUCUCAUUCUCAUCAUGGUGUGGCGCAAGCUUAUCCGCAACCCCAACACAUACUCCAGCCUUAUCGGCCUAAUCUGGUCCCUCGUAGCCUUCCGGUGGGACGUCCACAUGCCUAGAAUUAUUGAGAAGUCCAUAUCGAUACUGUCCGACGCCGGACUUGGAAUGGCCAUGUUCAGCUUAGGUUUGUUUAUGGCUCUUCAGCCGAAGAUCAUCGCGUGCGGAAAUGCUGUGGCGGCCUUCGCGAUGGCUGUCCGAUUCCUCACGGGCCCAGCGGUGAUGGCGGCCGCCUCUAUCGCCGUCGGCCUCCGCGGCGAUCUCCUCCGCGUUGCCAUCGUCCAGGCGGCCCUACCGCAAGGCAUCGUCCCAUUCGUGUUCGCCAAGGAAUACAACGUCCAUCCAACUAUCUUGAGCACAGCGGUUAUUUUUGGAAUGCUGAUUGCUCUGCCCAUCACGCUGGUGUAUUACAUCAUCCUUGGAUUAUGACGGCGGUGUUUUGCCGGGACGAAGAGGGGAUGAAGAUAUGGAGUCUUCGAUAGCGACGUGUAAACCUGCAACUCCUGAGCUAUGGGGACGGUCCAUCCCAGCAGGAGCUGUAAGAGAUGUUUUUGAAGCGCUUAAAGGAUUUGACAAGAAGCGGAGUAAGCUAGGGGUCCAGUGAGAGGGAUAAGAACGACGCUUUAAACUUUUGUGCAAUUUUUGCUUUCUUUUGGUAUAUUUUUCGACUUGUCAUAUACCUCGCAUAAAUGAACCUCUCGUUUGGCUUUGGUUGAAAGGAAGAACAAAUCCUGAGUUUAAUUUUUUCCCUUA